AUAUCCCUCUUAUCUUCACAAUCCUUUCACAAGUUCUAGCACCAGCUAUGAAGCCAGCAGCGACGGUCGACCGUUCAUUUUCUUUCAAGCGAGCCACCCUCAUCCUCUCCUCAUUCCUACUAGUCACGAUCAUCUGCGUCCUCUCAUCCAUGAACGAAAUCCAACUUCAAAAUCUAGUAGACAUCGGUCGAUCUUCGUUCAUCUUUAGAAAGGGAGAAUCCCAACCGCCUCCCACUCUUCGACUCCUCAUCGGAAUCAUGACAAGGGCAGAUCUCUACAGGCGCCGCGACCUGCUCCGGCUCGUCUACGGCGUACAAUCUCCAUCCAACGCGCAGGUGGAUGUGAAAUUCGUGUUAUGUAGCCUCACAAAGGAAGAUCAAAAGGUACUUGUAGCACUUGAAAUCAUGCGCUACAACGAUAUCAUCAUACUCAAUUGUACAGAGAACAUGAACAACGGUAAGACGUAUACGUACUUCUCUAGCUUGCCGGAGAUAUUAGAUCGAACGGAUGGUGAAGAUCGUCCGUAUGAUUAUGUUAUGAAAGCCGAUGAUGAUGUUUAUUUUAGACUAGAUAGAUUAGUGGACAACCUGAUUUCGCUGCCAAGGGAAGAUAUGUACUAUGGUUUUGUUAUUCCAUGUCGGGAAAUGAAUCCGAUCGGGCGAUACAUGUCGGGUAUGGGGUAUGCGCUGUCUUGGGAUUUGGUGGAGUGGAUCCGAUCUUCGGAUGUGGCGAAGAAUCACGUGGCCGGGACGGAGGAUAAGCUAGUUGGAGAGUGGCUACAUAAAGGUAACCGUGGGAAGAACAGGUAUAAUGCUAAGCCAGCUAUGUACAAUUAUCCAGCUGGUUCGGACCCAUGCGCGCAUGGGUUCGUGCCGGAUACGGUCGCGGUCCAUCGGCUUAAGGAUCAAGAGAAAUGGAUCCGGACCUUGAAAUAUUUCAACGUAACUGAUCAGCUUAAACCCUCGAAAAUGUAUCAUAUUCCUUGAUUAGAACUUGAUUAAUUUUUUUUAAAAA